GGGUAAAACAAAUGAUAAAUCGACAUCGUUUGGAAUCCUUACACCAAGAGCUGUAUUCAAAAACAGCAUAAUUAUUCAUCGCCAGACGAAACAAUGCGCGGAUGCGGUUCUUGAAAAGCGCCCAUACUUUCCCCAUCUUUAAAACAAAAGAGGAAGAAUUUCAGAAGUUCCGGGAAUAAUCAUCAUAUUCAAAACUUCCGGGAGAGGGGAAAUAAUGGGAACCACUUUGCGCAUGCGUUCAAGGCUGGACGGUCUGGUGAACGAGUGGUGACGUUUUAGCUGACCCAGCUAGUACUACGAAAGAUGAUCGUGGCGCGCAUGCGCGGUGCAUCCAAGCAGGUAAGGAUGGAUUUUCCCUCGGCUCGCCAAGCUGUGUUGAACGUAAUAAAGGGUGUGCGCGCGGGGGAUUUGCCCCGUCUGCUACACUGGCUGAGAACAUCUAAUGACUUUGAUGAAUUUACGUCCAAUAAUGAUGAUAUUGUUCUCAGAAGUAUUGCUGAAGAUAUUCGACAUCGUUUGCCUGUUGAAGCAGUGCUCAAUUCAGAGCACAAUGCUCUUCAAAAACUUCAUGAACAGACAGUACCCACCAUUCAUGUUGAUGCUUUCCUUUAUGAUGAUGACUGUAUUGACUCAUUAUGUGAAGAAGGAAAGAUGAGCAGAAAUUAUUGUGUAGCAUGUGGCUCUCAUCAGACAGCACCAUUAGAAUUCAUUUCCCAUUCCUUUUCCCUCAUGGAACUGAAGUUUCUCUACCAGGAAUUACUGCCUGACCUGACAGGGAAGGUUCUGGUCGACGUGGGCUCCAGGCUUGGAGCAGUUCUGUUUGGGGCUUACUAUUAUAGUUCAGCAUCCCAGAUCUAUGGAGUUGAAAUGAACGCAGACUUUUGCCUGUUACAGGAAGAUAUCAUUACAAAAUACCAACUUGAUGACAGAAUAAAGGUGAUUAAUGCAGACAUUUGUACUCAAGCUUCACUUCUUCAAAAUGCAGACAUUAUUAUAAUGAAUAAUGUCUUUGAAUAUUUCCUUGACAGAUCAGAACAGGCUAGAUCAUGGAAAAUCAUCAGUCAAAAUGUAAGAAAAACAGGGUCCUUAUUAGUGACUGUCCCAAGCCUUGAAAAAUCCCUCUCAGACCUUCAGGUGGACAUCCAGCUCAACCAGUGGGUAGAAGCAGUGCCAGUGCAAUAUGAUGAAUUCUUAGAAGAUGCUGAUAGAGAAGCACUUGAACAAAUAUGUGUGUACAGAAUUCUAUAACAUACAAGAUAUGUGCAUCCACAUCAAGUGCUUUUUAAACAGAAAAGGGAUAUUUUAAAGAAAGAAAGAAUGUUACCGUUCGUUGAGCUCUAUGUGUCAAGAACUGCCUUUGAAAAUAAUAUGGAAAUCAAAGAUGUACUCUUGGUUAAAUAAACAUGAAA